AUCCAGAAUGGAUUUCUGGAACCCUCCACACAACAACCCAGUCAAUGUGUUCUCUUUUGUUUCUUCGUCAGUAUGGAGCAACGAGAGUGCAAGGACAACUCUGAAGAGCAGGACAAUGUGAAAAAGCCUGUAGAAGAAAUUUGUGAGAGCGUCCAGAGCCUGCAGGAGGAGGGUUCACCUCACACGGAUGAUUAUGAUAACGAUGGCGAUGACGAUGAUGAUGGCGACGAAGAUGAUGAUGACGAUGACGAUGAUGAUGACGACGAUGACGCAGACUGCAGCCCUGACACUCACCAAUUGUUUGCUCCCUCCUGUGACUCAAACACUCUCCAUGACACAUCUGACAGUGAAGGAAAAUCUACGUUAUUAGAGGCCAUGUCAUCAAAGACCACGCGAUAUGAUGCCACGCAAUCAGAAGCAACGUAUUCAGAGGGCACGCAAUCAGAGGCAAUGGCAUCUGAGGCCACGUCUUUCGAUGGCAUGUCAUCAGAGACCAUGUUUUUUGAGGCCAUGUCCUCAGACAUGUCACAACUGACACAACACUCUGGGAGAAAGAGAGGUAAAAAACUCCAAGGCACUGAUGAAUGUCAACCCCCAAAGUUUUCAAAGCUGAAGUUCCAGCUUAGCGACUUGAACGCCAAGGUGGGGAUAAAGAACCAUGUGUGUGGCUUGCAGCGGCAGCUGAUCGAGGUCCAGAACGAGAACCAGAUGCUGAAUAAGCUCCAGCAUCACCACACAGUCGCACUACAGCAUUUCGAGGAGAUGGAAAGCAGGAUUGCUGAGACUCUCGCCAGGCAUGCACGCCACGUCAAAGUCCUGCAGAUAAUGCUCCGCGAGACCCGCACCUGUCGUGACCAUCUAGCAAAGCAGCUUCUGAAAACAGAGCAUAAGCUUCUGAACAUGAGGGACACUCUUCAAGACCUGCAGCACUUCAGCCAGAAUCGCUGCCUGCUGGAGAGAGAGGACCUCACAAACCUGCUGGCCCAGGCCACUGCUGAGCUGGAGGAGAAGGACAAGAGGAUACAGGUAUUAGAGAAGAAUCUUCACUUGUGCCAAGCCUAUUUCAAUCAUCAGUUAGUCAGUGAGCAGAAGAAGCUCGACGAGGAGAGAAAAUUCUCCUGCUACCUACAAGAGCAGUUUAACCAGCUAACCAAGGAAACCAAAGAUAGAACCAGAAAACUAGAAGAAAGCAACGCUUACUUAAAAUUUCUCCUGAAAGAGUCCACUAAAAGAGACAGACAAAACAAGAUGGUUCAAACGGAAGGACUCGCCCUUCUCCCUGAAGAGGCUGCAAGGCUUCUGGAGUUCCACCUCGCUGGUACUGAAAUGAAGAUGAAAGACAAUUUGGAUUGUGUCUAUGCAGAACGGAAGAAACAAGAGGAUACUGUUAAUGUGUCAAAAGAGAAUUCUACUAUGAAAGCAGAAACCCGCGAACAAAAAGGUUGUGCAAAAAAGAGACCAGACGAUGCAACUGGGGAAGAGGAGGCGCCAGAGGCGACAACGGCCAAAUUCAAGAAAGAAAAAAUCAAAAAGAUUAACAAUUACUAUCCCUUCAAUCAAACUAUUAUAAACCUGUACCAUGGAAGACCGGCCCACAGCUCUGCAGACCUCAGUCCCUGUGAAGACACAGAGGCUGGUAAUCACGUGUAUGUCGUGAGACUACCAGCUGGGAAAAUGCACCAUAGUGGGGAUGCACAGUAACCACAUCACAGGGACGAGCAGUGUUAGGCAUGGACGUACAACUCGGUCUGCGUCAUUCAUAAAAACAAACAAAAACAAACAAAAAAACAACCAACAAAACACUAAAGUCAUCUUCAUGACUAAUGUACUAAAUAAGACUGACUGAUAAUAGGAUCAUUAUCAUAAUAUUAUAAAGGAGAGUAUAUAUUAUCGUAAUACCAUAAUGCAAUUUCCAGCUCACUAACAAAUAAUGGUAACUGUGUAUCCAAGUAAUAGCUUGGUUAUGAGAAUUACUGUAGACUACGAUCAGUGUAAUAUCUUCACAUUAAAAUGGUUUU